GGGCUCAGUGUCAACUCCAGCCUCAAGAAUUUACUGAGGGGCUUCAAAUGCAUUCCCUGCAGAUAAAGACGAAUUUCUGUGCUUAACUUACCCUUGUGUCCCCCUUCAGGAAAGAGCACACGAAUGCCCCAUGGAAAAUUACAAUCAAACAUCAACUGAUUUCAUCUUAUUAGGAUUCUUCCCACCAUCAAGAAUUGGCCUUUUCCUCUUCAUCCUCAUUGUUUUCAUUUUCCUAAUGGCUCUAAUUGGAAACCUAUCCAUGAUUCUUCUCAUCUUCUUGGACACCCAUCUCCACACACCCAUGUAUUUCCUACUUAGUCAGCUCUCCCUCAUUGACCUAAAUUAUAUCUCCACCAUUGUUCCUAAGAUGGCUUCUGAUUUUCUGUCUGGUAACAAGUCUAUCUCCUUCACUGGGUGUGGGAUUCAGAGUUUCUUCUUCUUGGCAUUAGGAGGUGCAGAAGCACUACUUUUGGCAUCUAUGGCCUAUGAUCGUUACAUUGCUAUUUGCUUUCCUCUCCACUAUCUCAUCCGCAUGAGCAAAAGAGUGUGUGUGCUGAUGAUAACAGGGUCUUGGAUCAUAGGCUCGAUCAAUGCUUGUGCUCACACUGUAUAUGUACUGCAUAUUCCUUAUUGCCGAUCCAGGGCCAUCAAUCAUUUCUUCUGCGAUGUCCCAGCAAUGGUGACUCUGGCCUGCAUGGACACCUGGGUCUAUGAGGGCACAGUGUUUUUGAGCACCACCAUCUUUCUCUUGUUUCCCUUCAUUGGUAUUUCAUGUUCCUAUGGCCGGGUUCUCCUUGCUGUCUACCACAUGAAAUCUGCAGAAGGGAGGAAGAAAGCCUACCUGACCUGCAGCACCCACCUCACUGUAGUAACUUUCUACUAUGCACCUUUUGUCUACACCUAUCUACGUCCAAGAUCCCUGCGAUCUCCAACAGAGGACAAGGUUCUGGCUGUCUUCUACACCAUCCUCACCCCAAUGCUCAACCCCAUCAUCUAUAGCCUGAGGAACAAGGAGGUGAUGGGGGCCCUGACACGAGUGAGUCAGAGAAUCUGCUCUGGGAAAAUGUAGAAACAUUUUCUACCUAAGGUCUCAGGACUCAGAUACACAUCCAUCCAGCAGUGUAUAGUAAUUAAAAUAUUAUUUCAA